AUGCACUCGGCUUCCAGUAUGCUGGGAGCGGUGAAGAUGGAAGGGCACGAGCCGUCCGACUGGAGCAGCUACUACGCCGAGCCCGAGGGCUACUCCUCGGUGAGCAACAUGAACGCCGGCCUGGGGAUGAACGGCAUGAACACGUACAUGAGUAUGUCGGCGGCCGCCAUGGGCAGCGGCUCGGGCAACAUGAGCGCGGGCUCCAUGAACAUGUCGUCGUACGUGGGCGCGGGCAUGAGCCCGUCCCUGGCGGGCAUGUCCCCCGGCGCGGGCGCCAUGGCGGGCAUGGGCGGCUCGGCUGGGGCGGCUGGAGUGGCGGGCAUGGGGCCGCACCUGAGUCCGAGCCUGAGCCCGCUCGGGGGGCAGGGGGCCGGGGCCAUGGGCGGCCUGGCCCCUUACGCCAAUAUGAACUCGAUGAGCCCCAUGUACGGGCAGGCGGGCCUGAGCCGCGCGCGCGACCCCAAGACGUACCGGCGCAGCUACACGCACGCCAAGCCGCCCUACUCGUACAUCUCGCUCAUCACCAUGGCCAUCCAGCAGAGCCCCAACAAGAUGCUGACGCUGAGCGAGAUCUACCAGUGGAUCAUGGACCUCUUCCCCUUCUACCGGCAGAACCAGCAGCGCUGGCAGAACUCCAUCCGCCACUCGCUGUCCUUCAACGACUGCUUCCUCAAGGUGCCCCGCUCUCCCGACAAGCCCGGCAAGGGCUCCUUCUGGACCCUGCACCCCGACUCGGGCAACAUGUUCGAGAACGGCUGCUACCUGCGCCGCCAGAAGCGCUUCAAGUGCGAGAAGCAGCUCGCGCUGAAGGAAGCCGCGGGCGCGGCGGGCGGUGGCAAGAAGGCGACCGCGGGGGCCCAGGCCUCGCAGGCUCAGCUUGGGGAGGCCGCCGGGCCAGCCUCCGAGACUCCGGCGGGCACCGAGUCGCCUCACUCGAGCGCCUCCCCGUGCCAGGAGCACAAGCGAGGGGGGCUGGGAGAGCUGAAGGGGACGCCGGCCGCGACGCUGAGUCCCCCGGAGCCCGCGCCCUCGCCCGGGCAGCAGCAGCAGGCCGCGGCCCACCUGCUCGGGCCACCCCAUCACCCGGGCCUGCCGCCUGAGGCCCACCUUAAGCCGGAGCACCACUACGCCUUCAACCACCCGUUCUCCAUCAACAACCUCAUGUCCUCGGAGCAGCAGCACCACCACAGCCACCACCACCACCAGCCCCACAAAAUGGACCUCAAGGCCUACGAACAGGUGAUGCACUACCCUGGCUACGGCUCCCCCAUGCCCGGCAGCUUGGCCAUGGGCCCGGUCACGAACAAAACGGGCCUGGACGCCUCGCCCCUGGCCGCAGACACCUCCUACUACCAGGGGGUGUACUCGCGGCCCAUUAUGAACUCCUCUUAA